GGGUGGGGGACAAGGCGAGGUGAGAACUCAGGAUCUGAAUCAGUGGCCUGGGAGGGGACUGGAGGAGGGCUAAGAGGACUCGGCGACCGGCGGCUGGGCGGGGGGAACGGAGAGGGGGGCAGUUCUGCGCCAAUCAGCGGCGCCGGCCUGGGAGGUUGCUAGCGGUAUCCACGUAAAUCAAAGGGCGCGGAGCCAAUGGGAGGGGGCGGAGGGGGCGGGGCCCAGGCGCGUGCCGCUGCGAGCCGGCGCUGCCAAGAGAGCGGGAGAGAGCUGGAGAGAGCAGGGAGAGGGGGGAGCUCCGAGCUAGUCAGAGAGUGAGCGAGAGCAAGAAGGAGGGAGAGGAGAAAGAGAGCGAGGGCGGGCGGGAGGCGGCGGCGGCGGCAGCAGCAGAAGCAGUAAUAGCUGGAGCAGCAACAGAAGGCGUCGGAGCGGGCGUCGGAGCUGCCCGCUGGGGGAAAGAGAGAGAGGAGAGAGAAAGAGAGCGAGCGAAGAGAGGAGCCCGAGGCGAAAAAGUAACUGUCAAAUGCGCGGCUCCUUUAACCGGAGCGCUCAGUCCGGCUCCGAGAGUCAUGGCGACCGCAGCGUCUAACCACUACAGCCUGCUCACCUCCAGCGCCUCCAUCGUGCACGCCGAGCCGCCGGGCGGCAUGCAGCAGGGCGCGGGGGGCUACCGCGAGGCGCAGAGCCUGGUGCAAGGCGACUACGGCUCGCUGCAGAGCAACGGGCACCCGCUCAGCCACGCUCACCAGUGGAUCACCGCGCUGUCCCACGGCGGUGGCGGCGGGGGCGGCGGCGGCGGCGGGGGCGGGGGCGGCGGCGGGGGCGGCGGCGACGGCUCCCCGUGGUCCACCAGCCCCUUGGGCCAGCCGGACAUCAAGCCCUCCGUGGUGGUACAGCAGGGCGGCCGCGGCGACGAGCUGCACGGGCCGGGCGCCCUCCAACAGCAGCACCAGCAGCAGCAGCAGCAGCAGCAACAGCAGCAGCAGCAGCAGCAACAGCAGCAGCAGCAGCAGCGACCGCCGCAUCUGGUGCACCACGCAGCCAACCACCACCCGGGGCCCGGGGCAUGGCGGAGCGCAGCCGCUGCAGCGCACCUCCCGCCCUCCAUGGGAGCGUCCAACGGCGGCUUGCUCUACUCUCAGCCCAGCUUCACCGUGAACGGCAUGCUGGGCGCCGGCGGGCAGCCCGCGGGGCUGCACCACCACGGCCUGCGGGACGCGCAUGAAGAGCCGCACCACGCCGACCACCACCCGCACCCGCACUCGCACCCACACCAGCAGCCGCCGCCGCCGCCGCCCCCGCAGGGUCCGCCCGGCCACCCCGGCGCGCACCACGACCCGCACUCGGACGAGGACACGCCGACCUCGGAUGACCUGGAGCAGUUUGCCAAGCAGUUCAAGCAGCGACGGAUCAAACUGGGAUUUACCCAAGCGGACGUGGGGCUGGCUCUGGGCACCCUGUAUGGCAACGUGUUCUCGCAGACCACCAUCUGCAGGUUUGAGGCCCUGCAGCUGAGCUUCAAGAACAUGUGCAAGCUGAAGCCUUUGUUGAACAAGUGGUUGGAGGAGGCGGACUCGUCCUCGGGCAGCCCCACGAGCAUAGACAAGAUCGCAGCGCAGGGGCGCAAGCGGAAAAAGCGGACCUCCAUCGAGGUGAGCGUCAAAGGGGCUCUGGAGAGCCAUUUCCUCAAAUGCCCCAAGCCCUCGGCCCAGGAGAUCACCUCCCUCGCGGACAGCUUACAGCUGGAGAAGGAGGUGGUGAGAGUUUGGUUUUGUAACAGGAGACAGAAAGAGAAAAGGAUGACCCCUCCCGGAGGGACUCUGCCGGGCGCCGAGGAUGUGUACGGGGGGAGUAGGGACACGCCACCACACCACGGGGUGCAGACGCCCGUCCAGUGAACUCGAGCGGGGGGGAGGGGCAGAGCGCGGGGCUCCCCCUCCCCUUCGGUCCAUGGCCCUUUCCCGGUCCCCUUGUUUCCUCUCUAACUUCUGAUUGUUCUUUUAUUUUUAAUUAUUAUUGCCCCGUCCCUUAAAAAGAAAAUAAUAAUAAUAAUAAUAAGGAAAGCAACUAAGGCACUGGACUAUCGUUUUCGGUAGCAGGUGUAAUGAUGUGUUUUGACCUUUACAGGCUAGCCCAGGCAAUGGAGUGGAGUGUCUCAGAGAGGAAGGAGUGUGUGAUAGAGAGAGAGGAAGAGAUAGUAGCAAGCACUGAGAUAAGUACCUGGCAAAACUAGAUCAAUGACCAAAAAGAAAAAUAAAAUUCCACCAAAUCGUGAUAAACACACAAAAACACAGCUUCCUGAGGCUGGGAGUUGGCACAUGCUGUUGUGUUUAUCUAAUGUGGAUCCCCAUCAGGAGAGAGAAAGAAUACACGCGUUCGUUCUUUGAUGUAGGCAAAAAUUUAACCACAAUAAAUUGCACUGCAAGAAAAUUGAAGUUUACAUGGACAAAUUCAUGAACAUAUUUUUCUUUCUCCCACCAUUAAUUUAGAAAUUGCUGGGGUUUGUUUUGUUUUGUUUUGUUCAGCAGAGAGACUUGACGCCAGCUCUUGGCCACCCUCCAUUUCUAACCUUCUUGUGUCACCCCUUGUUCUUCUUGCUGUUUGUGAACUUUGGUUUCCUUCUGUUCCCCCACCCCUCCACCCCACCCCUCACACUGGUGUAAUGUUUAUUUACUCCUUUUACCAAAGCAAAAAUGAUUGGCUUCAUACAAAAUAAAUAAUUCUCCGCUUUCAGGAAAUGUGCAUGGUCUCCCCGUUUUGUCCAAGGCAAGAAUCCAGUUUGGAAUACAAAAAUAAAAAUCCAGCAUUGGUUUUUGUGCCCAGCCACAAAGUAAACUUCAUUUUCAGGCAGUGUUUCUGGGGGAGGUUAUGGAGGGGAGGAAAAAAAAUAAAGAAAAGUCCAUGGGGAAUGACUGAUAAUUCAUUUUAUCAGGCAGGUCCAUUGUGAAGGAACUCAGGAAAUGUGGAGGUGAAAUAUAUUUCCAGAGUUGCCCAACAGAAAGUGGCACAUUGAAGAGAACUAGAGAAAUAGGUUUCUUCAGAUGCCCCUGUAUAGUUCUCUGCCUUCUGUUUUAAUAACUUAACUAUGAGAAAUUAUUUGUGCUGACAGCAGCAUUUAUACUGUGUUCCUCUAAUAGUAUUUUUUAAAAAAUUAUGCGGGAACUUAAUGUUGUAUGCAUAGACUGUUUUCUUAGCACACAAAUACCCACAUGCAUACAGGGAUUAUCUCCACUGUAGACUGGUUUUGUCUUCACUAGCUCAUGUGUUUAUCAAUUCAUAUUUAAGGUCCCACACCCUCUCUCAUGUAAUUUAUUACAAAAACAAAUUACCCAGUUUGACUUGGACAGCUUUCCCCCACCCCCUCUCUCACCAAGGAAGCCAAAUGAAGUGGGGAAGAUGCUAUUUUCAAUCCUUCUUUUUCUCCCUUUGUUAAUAAUUUUAAGUAUGAUUUCUACCUUAUCUUCUUGUGUUAACUCCCAUGACAAAAGACUUUACUGGGGAGUGUAGGUGAAAAAAACUUGUAACUGCACUGAAAAUAAAUACCAUUAAACUGUGAUCAGUUCAAAGAUUCAAAAAAAAUUGCAAUCAGCACAAAGGGGCGCUAGAAGGGAAAACACUUUUUACUCAUCUGAAAACUUUGGGGCUUUUUUUUUUUCCUGGUUAGGUGUUAGAAAAAUUUUAUGUUAAAAAUUAAAUUCUCACUACCAUAAAAUUAUGGUUCCGCAUCAGUUUAGCAUUGCACUUAGUAGUUAAGGUUUUAGGGAAUAUGCUUUAUAUUGUCUUUUCAAACACCUGUGAUUGUUUCAUUUUUUAAUGUUUUUGCAAGAUAAAUGAUGACUUACAAUGGGCAUAUUUCUUUGCCUGUAUUUCAUUUCCCCCAACAAAUGUCACAAGGAGAUGGGGCACGAAGCUGCUUCGGGUGCAUCACGCUGCUUGUCCCUGAGGCGUGAGGACUGGCUUUAGUGAAGCAAUCCAGAGCAGGGCAAAUAGCCAAUGGGAAAGGGAGGAAAUGAAUUUUCAGCUUCUUAUUACCAAGUGAGUAAGGUGAGAAACUGGAGUUCAGGGGCUGUCUUUUAGCUCCUCUAACUCUCAUAGGUUUACUAAGACAAAAGUUACCACUGAACCUUACCACUAUGUAUAUAUGUUUAAUAUCUGUCUUUUGAAAUGCAGAAAUAGUUUAAAUGUUUCUUUGUCUAUUUUUCUUUUUUUUAAUGCUACCCAGGGAAAUAUUUUCAUAUCAUUUUUAAGUGGCCUGCCUCAAUGUAUAUUUAUUUCUUUUAAAAGCAAAAAGGUUCUGGAAACUGUUUUUCUGUAGCUUUAAAUGAGUAGGUGAGCAAAAUCUAUAUGGGAUGUAAUUUUUUUUGUUCAGUCUUUAAAAAUAACUUUGUUUUGGUACAUUUGGUUGUGCUUGUGGGGAAAAUAAAAACGCAGAGAUCCUUAUAUAUUUAUGUUAAAGUAAUAUUUUAUUAUCUACAUAAAACAGAAAUGCACAAUACCUUCAUAGUUUGUUCUAAUUAUUGAAAUAUCUUUAUUUUAUUUUAAAAGAUAGUGCCAAGUUUUAAGGGGGGGAAUGCCCUAGACCUUAUACUGACUGAGUUGAGUUGUGUGUAAAACACUUCCCUUCCUUUAUACUUCAUAAAGUUUUGGAAUAAAUUUUAUGGAUAUACUGCCAGGUUUCAUGUUUAUAACUUUCAGAGGCUUUUUUUUUAAAGGAAGACUACUGACUGUUUUGAUUCACUUUUCUGUGCAAAAUCUAUCUGUGCCAAACCUUUCAGCACUAUGUCUGUAGCAUUAAAUCGAAAUGGUCAUUGGGUUUUAGCUUCAAUUUGUUUGCCAUUUCAUGGUCCAACAAAGAGAUGUUUGUUCCUCUUUAAAAUGUACAGAUAUUCCUGUAUCUUCCUUCCAAGUUAGCUUUACCUUCCCAACUGCGCUGUGGGAGAAAAGUCAUCUUUGGAACUAGGUAGACUUUAAUCUUUACCACAUGUCCACACAGUAUUUGGUACCUACAGGAAAGCAAGACUUAGUCAAGGGUAUUAUACUUGUUAAUUAACAAUUCAACAGAGAAUAACUCUGGUAAUAUGCAAUGUGCAUUUACUAAAUGAAUAGAGGUAGGUCCUAUGUAUUUGUAUUCUUCCUGUUAGGUUCAGAGAAAAAAGAUGCAUUUGCAAUGGUUUAAACAGUCUUCUCUAAGUCUCUGAAAAUGGGUUCUGAAAAAAAAAAUAAAAAGAAGGUACAAACGGGAACUUCUUUUAGUAUUAUGGUGCAAGACCCUAAUGCUAAUAUAGAUUAUUUCAGAUAGUUUUACUACACUACCCAAAAUUCCAUUUUAAAUGAGAAAUCAAAGCAGUGUUGGCUUACUUUAUAAGUUUGCUGACAUAUUUAAAAGUUUUCUUUGGAACAUUGGUUUAAGUAUAAAUGUCUAUUUGGAAAGGUAGUUUCUGGGCUUAUUGCAUCUGAUCAUCUUUUCUAACUCCUGGUCAAUAUUACACAGGUCCCAAACAGAUUCAGCCAAAUGAUCUUAUCAAUAGGCUGAACAAGAAGUGACAGAAAGAAGAAGUGCUUUGUGACCGCAGACAUGCUGAUGGGUAAAAUGUUUAAGCUGGGUAUAGAUUUAAGUUCUGGGUCAAUAUCCUCCUUCAGUGUAGGCAGAAAACAAGCAGCAUCUGCCCUCUGCAGGGCAUUUUAGUGGACCUUGAGAAGACGUUGUUGUUGUUUUUGUUGUUGUUGUUGUUUGUUGUUGUUAGCCACAGGGGCUACUGACUGGAAAAGAUCACGUGCUAAAUGGUCAUGCCAUGGUUCUGACCCACGCUUGCCAUUCCAAUUCUAAAGCUACUCAGACAGUUUUAAUGCCAGUUUGGGGACUGUGCAAGGUGGAAAAACCCCAUCACUGCUCCUGGGGAGAAUGUGUGCGGCAGUCACUCCUAAGAUGUGGACUAGUCAAAAUGACAAACCUCCCCACCUCCCCCCAAGACAGUAGUGCUGAAUAGGGCUGUCUGAAAGAGUCCAUGUGCUUCCUCACAAUGUGUCACUUUUAAAAUUUAUGGUGCAGGAUGAAGGGUGGAGGGUGAUCAUGUGGGAGAGUUAUGUGAAGGUCAGAUGGAGGGAAUGGCCACAAAUAAUAUUAUGGUUGGCACAUCGAAACAUUCUCGCUUCCCACGAAGUUACCUCCUUAUUUUUCAAAGGCAGCAACAAAAGCCCUCUCUUCCUUCCCCUCCUCCUACCAGUGUGAGACACGUAGUGGUUGGCAAAAUUUUCUAGUGAAAUGACUUUAGUAAAGAUAAAACCUUUCUACUUUUUUUUUCCCUCUAAAAGCAACUAAUAAAGAGAUACAGCAGCAACAAUGGGGGGUUGGCAUGUGAGCGUAUUGGUACCUGUGCAUGUAUGUCUAUAUGCUGCAUUCAUUUGCCUUUCAUUUGCCUUACUAUGGAAGCAGCUUAGGUAGUGCUGGGUGACUGGGUGAGAGAUAUUAUCUUUUUAUCACUGGUCCCUGUGAUUUGUCUUUGUUGAUUUUUCGAUCAGUUUAUAGAACUCUGUUCUAGAUUCUAUUGAAUUCCUAGACAAGUUAAAGAAUGGAGCAUGUACAGAAAGCGAAAGGAUGGUCAAGUGAGGGUCAAAGGUAAAAGUGUUUCUUGAGAUCCACUUGUAUAUUUCAGUGAGGCAAAAGCUUAUUUAAAAUGAAAGAAAAAGAUGCAUCUCAAAGUACUAUGAGUGAUAGUAUGGAGUAUACAGAUAAAUUUUAUACAUUUUCCCUACUUAGGAAAGUUUAACUUUUUCAAUGACACAUAAUCUCUUAUAGAGGGGGGCAGGUGGUGGUGGGAGUCUGCUUGAUAACUGUUCUCACCACUUGUUUCAGGGGAGAAAAUAAUGCAAAAGUGGCAGGAGGUUACCACACUCGGCUCACAAAUCCCGAAAUAAACUUGUCCAUGUUUGUAGAACUUGAGCCAGAGUUAUUUCAAUGCCCAUUAUCUAGACUAGCUACAGGAGCACCAGAAAAUGACAUUAGUUUUCUUCAAACUCUUUGCUUGGUUCAAGAGAUAUAUGAUCAAAAUACACGCAGAUUGUUCUGGUGUUUGGAGGGAAGCUAGGAGAUGUGUUUUCUCCUUAUUUUAAGAAAAAAGAAAAGCCAAUAAACUUUAUCAUGUAGCACUUUUCCCUUCCCUUAAUAACAACUCUGCUUGGCUUAGCUGUUAGAGGUUUUAGAAACAAUAUCAUAUCCUAACAAGACAACCCUGGCCUCUUAUUGUUCCUAGAUUUCUGGUUGUUAAUAACAUUAAGAUGUAUUUCUCUCUCUUUUUUUAAAUGUCUGAAAUGUUAUUUAAUACACCAGUAAAAAUGCAUCUAUAUCUUAAAGUUUAUUCCUUCCACGUC